CCACCGUUGCACAGCCUACUGGAUGAAUUAAUGGAGAAGGAAGUAAAAAUGCAAGCGAGUAGUACGUUAGGAACCAGGAGCGCCGCUCCCACCUCCUGCCUCGCCUCACUGCGGCCGCUUUGACGUGCGUGACGUCGCUUCCUUCCAACAUGGCGCAGGCAGGUUGCUCGUGAAAAAAAAAACCGAAGGAUAUCCGUAUCAGUUGAAAGCGUCUCCGUCUCUAUUUAUGUUUUUCGCCUAUUUAUUUUGUUCACUUUCGGCUUGCUGGCGUACUGCUCUUUUCCCGGGAGGUAGCUUGAGAAAUACGCCCUACCUCACUCCCCCAUCCCUGGACUCUCUCUUCGCCCUUAUCAGCCCUCUUUCAGCGCGUCAUGUAUGAAGGGAAAAAGACGAAAAACAUGUUUUUAACUCGGGCACUGGAGAAGAUUUUAGCCGAUAAGGAGGUGAAGAAGGCGCACCACUCUCAGCUACGCAAAGCCUGUGAAGUGGCAUUAGAUGAAAUUAAAGCAGAGACAGAGAAAUUAAGCCCUCCUCCAGGUGAAACCAAAGUUGGUUCUGGUACUCUGCCGCCUGUGAAAUCAAAAGCAAACUUUAUUGAAGCUGACAAGUACUUCCUGCCUUUUGAAUUAGCAUGUCAGUCCAAGUGCCCUCGGAUAGUCAAUACAUCCUUAGACUGUUUGCAGAAAUUGAUUGCUUAUGGACACCUCACUGGAAGUGCGCCAGACAGCACUGCGCCAGGAAAAAAAUUAAUUGAUAGAAUAAUUGAAACAAUAUGUGGAUGUUUUCAAGGCCCACAGACCGAUGAAGGGGUGCAGCUUCAGAUCAUAAAGGCUUUACUGACAGCCGUAACUUCUCAGCAGAUAGAAAUUCAUGAAGGGACAGUAUUGCAAGCUGUAAGAACAUGCUACAAUAUUUAUUUGGCCAGCAAGAACCUCAUCAAUCAAACCACAGCAAAAGCUACACUUACUCAGAUGUUGAAUGUCAUAUUUGCUCGUAUGGAAAACCAAGCACUCACAGAUUACAGGAUUUCAUGUUCAUUGGCAUCAAGAAAAAAAGAAAGACAGCUUCAGGAAGCCAAGCAAAUGGAGAAAGAGAGACAUCGACAGCAACAUUUACAGCAUUCUCCUGUUAGCCAGCAUGAGCCUGAUUCUCCACAGCUAAGGCGGCUUAAAGAGCAGUCGGGUAAACAGCUACCUCAAGAUCAAAAUGGGGAGGCAGAUCACCAUACAAAUGAAGUAGAUAAGAGUAUCCAAGGAGACAUCGAGCCAGAAAAUGGACUGGAUCUCUGCACCAUUGAAAAUGAACAGACUGAGGCAGAUCAAGCCACAGCAGCGGCUGAAAGUUUAUGUAAAGACCAUAUAGAUGUGAAUGAGGAUGGAGAUUAUGAAGAAAAGGCACAGGAAAUAGUCCAUAGAAUCCUGCAGGAAGUAGUUAAUACUGUUGUAGGAGAUUCUAUAGAGUGUCCCAGUGCAACUGAAAGUAUAGGGAGUACAAGUGGAGCCCUGGAGGAUGAAACUGGAUUAGGCAGUGACAGUGAAAAUGUUCAUGCAAAUGGAAUUCCAGGGACACCCAUCUCUGCCAGCUAUACUCCUUCCCUCCCAGAUGAUAGACUGUCCGUUUCUUCCAAUGAUACUCAGGAAUCUGGAAUCACAACAGGGCCAUCUCCAGGUGCUAAAUUUUCCCAUAUACUACAGAAGGAUGCCUUUUUAGUGUUUCGUUCACUUUGCAAACUUUCUAUGAAACCAUUGUCAGAUGGACCACCAGACCCAAAGUCACACGAAUUGCGAUCAAAGGUUCUGUCACUCCAGCUGCUGCUUUCAAUUCUUCAAAAUGCAGGACCUAUUUUUAGGACAAAUGAAAUGUUUAUAAAUGCUAUAAAACAAUACUUGUGUGUUGCCUUGUCAAAAAAUGGAGUUUCUUCUGUCCCAGAAGUGUUUGAACUAUCUCUCUCCAUAUUCCUUACUUUGCUCUCAAACUUCAAGACUCAUCUCAAGAUGCAAAUUGAGGUGUUCUUCAGAGAAAUCUUUCUAUAUAUUCUGGAGACAUCUACAAGUUCUUUUGACCAUAAAUGGAUGGUUAUUCAGACAUUAACAAGAAUAUGUGCUGAUGCCCAGAGUGUGGUGGACAUUUAUGUUAACUAUGAUUGUGACUUAAAUGCUGCUAAUAUAUUUGAAAGAUUGGUAAAUGAUUUGUCCAAGAUUGCCCAGGGCCGAGCAGGCCAUGAACUUGGCAUGACACCUGUUCAGGAAUUAAGCCUCAGAAAGAAAGGGCUAGAAUGUUUGGUUUCAAUCUUGAAAUGUAUGGUAGAAUGGAGUAAGGAUCAGUAUGUCAACCCAAAUUCUCAAACUAGCCUUGGCCAGGAAAAGCCACCAGAGCAGGAAACAAAUGAAAUGAAGCACCCCGAAACAAUAAACAGAUAUGGAAGCAUAAAUUCCUUGGACUCGACAGCCUCUUCAGGAAUAGGCAGUUACAGUACACAGAUGUCUGGGACUGACAACCCAGAGCAAUUUGAAGUACUUAAACAACAAAAAGAAAUUAUAGAACAAGGCAUUGAUUUAUUCAAUAAAAAACCAAAGAGAGGAAUCCAGUAUCUUCAGGAACAAGGCAUGCUUGGCACUACUCCUGAAGAUAUUGCUCAGUUUCUUCACCAGGAGGAAAGACUUGAUUCUACUCAGGUGGGUGAGUUCCUGGGUGACAAUGACAGGUUUAAUAAAGAGGUGAUGUAUGCUUAUGUGGAUCAGAUGGACUUCCAAGGAAAGGAUUUUGUCUCAGCUCUUCGCAUGUUCUUGGAGGGAUUUCGUCUUCCAGGAGAGGCUCAAAAAAUUGAUCGAUUAAUGGAGAAAUUUGCUGCUAGAUACCUAGAGUGCAAUCAAGGGCAAACACUGUUUGCUAGUGCAGACACUGCAUAUGUUCUUGCAUACUCAAUCAUUAUGUUGACAACAGAUCUCCAUAGCCCACAGGUGAAGAAUAAAAUGACAAAAGAACAGUAUAUUAAGAUGAAUAGAGGAAUAAAUGAUAGCAAAGAUUUACCAGAAGAAUAUCUUUCAGCUAUAUAUAAUGAAAUUGCAGGAAAGAAGAUAUCUAUGAAAGAAACAAAGGAGUUAACCCUAAAGUCCAAUAAACAAAAUGUGGCUAGUGAGAAACAGCGCAGGCUGCUGUAUAACUUGGAGAUGGAGCAAAUGGCUAAGACAGCUAAGGCUCUCAUGGAGGCUGUGAGCCAUGUGCAGGCACCAUUCACUAGUGCAACUCACCUGGAACAUGUUCGACCCAUGUUCAAGCUGGCUUGGACUCCAUUUUUAGCAGCCUUCAGUGUUGGCUUGCAAGACUGUGAUGAUACUGAAGUUGCUUCACUGUGCCUUGAAGGCAUAAGAUGUGCAAUUAGGAUAGCUUGCAUCUUCACCAUUCAGCUUGAAAGAGAUGCCUAUGUGCAGGCACUUGCAAGAUUUACCUUAUUGACUGCAAGUUCUGGUAUCACUGAAAUGAAGCAGAAGAACAUAGACACCAUCAAAACACUUAUCACUGUAGCACACACAGAUGGCAAUUAUUUAGGGAAUUCCUGGCAUGAGAUUCUAAAGUGCAUUAGUCAGUUGGAACUGGCCCAACUGAUUGGCACGGGAGUAAAACCCCGUUACAUCUCAGGGACUGUACGAGGAAAAGAAGGAACAAUCACUGGCACCAAGGAGCAGAAUUCUGAUGAGUUUGUUGGCCUGGGAUUGGUUGGGGGAAAUGUGGAUCGCAAGCAGAUAGCAAGCAUUCAAGAGUCCAUUGGAGAGACAAGCUCACAAAGUGUAGUUGUGGCUGUUGACAGGAUAUUUACAGGUUCAACUAGAUUGGAUGGCAAUGCAAUUGUUGAUUUUGUAAGGUGGCUUUGUGCUGUGUCAAUGGAUGAACUAGCUUCACCAACACACCCACGGAUGUUUAGUUUGCAAAAAAUUGUCGAAAUAUCGUAUUAUAACAUGGGCAGAAUAAGACUUCAGUGGUCAAGAAUUUGGGAAGUUAUUGGUGACCACUUUAAUAAGGUUGGCUGUAAUCCCAAUGAAGAUGUGGCUAUUUUUGCUGUAGAUUCUUUGAGACAGCUAUCUAUGAAAUUUUUGGAAAAAGGAGAACUGGCUAAUUUCAGAUUCCAAAAGGACUUUUUAAGGCCUUUUGAGCAUAUCAUGAAAAAGAACAGGUCACCUACUAUUCGGGACAUGGUAGUACGGUGUAUAGCCCAGAUGGUUAAUUCACAGGCUGGUAAUAUUCGUUCAGGAUGGAAGAAUAUUUUUUCUGUGUUUCAUCUUGCUGCUUCAGACCAAGAUGAGAGUAUAGUGGAAUUGGCGUUUCAGACCACGGGACACAUUGUCACGCUUGUUUUUGAAAAACAUUUUCCAGCCACAAUAGACUCUUUUCAAGAUGCUGUGAAAUGUUUAUCAGAAUUUGCAUGCAAUGCAUCUUUCCCAGACACUAGCAUGGAAGCAAUUCGUCUAAUAAGACACUGUGCAAAAUAUGUUUCUGAUCGCCCGCAGGCUUUCAAAGAUUACACAAGUGAUGAUAUGAAUGUAGCCCCUGAGGACAGAGUCUGGGUGAGGGGGUGGUUUCCUAUAUUGUUUGAGCUAUCCUGUAUAAUCAAUAGAUGCAAACUGGAUGUGCGAACAAGAGGUUUGACAGUAAUGUUUGAAAUAAUGAAAACCUAUGGCCACACUUAUGAGAAGCACUGGUGGCAAGAUUUAUUUAGAAUUGUCUUCAGGAUUUUUGAUAACAUGAAACUCCCAGAACAACAGACAGAGAAAGCUGAAUGGAUGACAACAACAUGCAACCAUGCACUUUAUGCAAUUUGUGAUGUGUUUACUCAGUAUUUUGAAGCACUGAGUGAUGUUCUUUUAGAUGACAUCCUGUCCCAGUUGUACUGGUGUGUACAGCAAGACAACGAACAGCUUGCCAGAUCUGGAACUAACUGUUUGGAGAAUGUUGUUAUAUUAAAUGGUGAAAAAUACACUUUAGAGAUCUGGGACAAGACAUGCAACUGCAUGCUGGACAUCUUCAAAACCACAAUUCCUCAUGCCUUACUCACCUGGAGGCCUGCUGGAAUAGACUGUGACCCUGUCUGCCAGGUAGAGUCCAGUGACAAGCAGCUGGAUUCCAUAUCCCAGAAGUCGAUAGACAUUCAUGUUCGGUCUGAGGACCAGCAAUCUAUCAGUAGCAUGGAGAAGGUGUCAUUAGAGAACAGACGUCAAAGCCAGUUUAGUGUGGGCUCUGGGAUAUAUGAAGACGCAGUUAAAAACAGGACUCCAACAAAAAUUCAAGAGCAGAGACUGUUUGCUGCACUACUGAUAAAAUGUGUUGUCCAGUUGGAGCUGAUUCAGACCAUCGACAACAUUGUAUUCUUUCCAGCCACCAGUAAAAAAGAGGAUGCAGAAAACCUGGCAGCUGCACAGAGAGAUACCUUAGAUGCAGAUGUCCAUGUUGAAACACAAGACCAAGGAAUGUAUAGAUAUCUCACCUCACAGCAGCUCUUUAAAUUGCUAGACUGCUUGUUGGAGUCCCACAGGUUUGCCAAAGCAUUCAAUUCCAACAAUGAGCAGAGAACAGCUCUCUGGAAAGCAGGUUUCAAAGGCAAAUCAAAACCUAACCUUCUGAAACAAGAGACUAGCAGCCUAGCAUGUUGUCUGCGUAUUCUUUUCCGGAUGUAUACAGACAACAGCAGAAGUGAUGCCUGGGAAGAAGUGCAGCAGAGACUGCUAAAUGUGUGCAGUGAGGCUAUCAGUUACUUUCUGACACUGACCUCUGAAAGCCACAGAGAAGCAUGGACAAAUCUCCUUCUCCUCUUUCUUACUAAAGCCCUUAAAAUAAGUGAUGAGCGGUUCAAGGCUCAUGCAUCAAGAUACUAUCCCCUUCUUUGUGAUAUUAUGCAAUUUGACCUGAUUCCUGAACUACGGGCUGUGCUGCGCAAAUUCUUUCUGCGUAUUGGGAUUGUCUUUCAGAUUUCACAGGCCUGUGAACAGGAGCAAGGAUGCGACAAGCAGUAACAGAGAUCCAUGAAUGGUAAUCGGAUAUGAAGAUUCCCAGGUUGUCUUGGAGGAUCAACUUGCAAUGGUGUCGUUUGCAUCAGUAUACAUUUCUGGGUCCCUCAGGAAUGGUUUUUUGAUGGUGGACUGAGGCCUACUUGAGGGUACUAUGGAUGCUUUCAACUAAUCCUGGCUUGCAGUCCUCUGUUCCCUUGCAGCUUUCAGGAAAUCUAAUGGUAAAGAGGCACUCCCAUUUGGUUCAUGCUGCGCAUGCACCCAGUCAUAAUAAGCAAAUUGCACAGAUCGAAGCAGAGAAACGCUGAAGGCUCCUGUUCUGGUGACUGCAUUGUAGAGCUGGAAGAAUAAUCUAAAAGGAAAAUGCAUUUAAAGAAUACUCAUUUUCGUCGUCCUGCGUUAUCUGAAGGAUGCAUUAUCGCAAUGUCACUGCAAAAUGCAUUCGACUGAGAAGAAAGGAACAUAAAGAGAAGAAAACAAAGCAACACGUAAUACAGAAAGUUAGAAACAACAUAUUUCUCUCCCCCAUCAUUUUGGAUUUGGUUGAAAUAUAUGCAGAACUGUAACACUAAAACUGUUCCAGGAGAUUUUUUUUUUUUUAAAAUUUCAUUUUUUUUUUCCUCACUCUGAUUUUAUUUCCUUAUGCACUGGGGAUUUUACAUUAUGUGAAUCUUAUUUCCUACUACCAUUGCUAAAGCAAUGAUGGGAAAAGGUGUUGAUACCAGGGAUCAUUUGCUGAAUGGUGUAAAACAUAUUGGAGCCAAUGAGACUAUUCCACGUGAAAUGGAAAUAGUAUGUACAGAGAGUUAUUUAAAAAUUGAAAAGAACCAGUCGCGGGGGUCCUUUAGAACUGGAAUCACUGCAAAGUAAUUGGAAAUACGUCUGAAACUGUCACCGAUCUUUCUCCAUGUUUGAUGUAGGUUUCACUGUAUGUGUACAAAUUUAAUAUUAAAUAUAAUAAAAAGAAAAUCAAUUUUUGGUUUGGGGAUGACCUAAUAUAUGAUAAUAUAUCAUACUACUGUGAACUAUGCUUUUGAUGGUAAAUCGGAUGAAGAGCAUUCCUAGUCACAGGUGAUGUAGAAAACCGAGGAGCAAAAUGUAUAUGGUACAGCAAUGUAAAGUUUUCUAUGGUAAAAAUCUGUACAACUUUCUGUACAAUAUUGGUUAUCAUCUGGCACAUUCUAAUCAGGUCACAGGUCAAUAAAGUUUUUGAACUCUU